UGAAUGAAAUGAAGGAACGCGCUACUAAAGAGCAGUUCGGAGGUCUGCGAUGGGCACGCGCUCGCAGCUGUUUAGAGUUGGUGGCGAUUAGUUCGCUGUAGGGCACAGCCAUGAGCAGUGACGUUGGUAAGAAGAAGGGGAAGGUCCCUGGAGAGAAGAAAGCAGCCAAAAAGAGAACUAAGAGGAGGGAGACGUAUGCUGUGUACAUCUACAAGGUGCUCAAACAGGUCCAUCCUGACACGGGCAUCUCCAGCAGGGCCAUGAGCAUCAUGAAUUCCUUUGUGAACGAUGUGUUUGAGCGUAUCGCCACUGAAGCGUCGCGCCUCACGCAGUACAACCGGCGCUCGACCAUCACGAGCCGCGAGGUGCAGACAGCCGUGCGCCUGCUUCUGCCCGGGGAGUUGGCCAAGCACGCCGUGUCCGAGGGCACUAAGGCCGUCACCAAGUAUACGAGCUCCAAGUGAGGCACCGCUGGUGCCUGAACCCUCCGCAUUCUCCUGUUUCUGUUGAAUUAAACUUGCGUUGUGUGAAACUCGAGUUCUGCUUGACGUCUCCGCUUUGUAAACGCAAGUCUUUAGGGGCACUUAAUAUCAGUGCUUGUGUGGUGGCUCCAGUUGUCCAUUUCAUACGCCAGUUCCACAUGGUGCCCGCUCUGCAGGCGUUUGGUUGGGGGACUUCAGGGUGGGUCAGGUCAACUGUUGCCCCUGUACCGUUAAUUGUGGUCUUGCACACCUUUGUGUCUCUUUAACCAUGUAUUUACAUCUACUUUUCUUCAUUUAGCCAAGUUUUCUCCAAAGUGUCUUUUAUAUGAGAUGUACCUCAAUCUGUGCAUUGUCAGAAAAAGAGGCAGAUGUGUGAUU